AAGCAUCUUCACUGCAACAAGACGGACUUCACCGACGGUUUGACACGUGGACUGACCUGUGUUGCAGAACUCUGGGAACAUAUAUUUGCACAUUUUUAACCUUCAUACAAACUAAUGGUGAACUUCUGGUCGAUCAGUUGUGGUGUAGCCGAGGCUAAGAGUCCGGAGGCUAGCUGGAUGUGAUGUGGAGCCGCUCCCAGGAUCAACAGCUUCACUCUGUAGACCUGUCUGCUUCAUUAAAGCACGGUUUUAUUUUCCUGGGCCCACGUCGAAUCAGUGGAACUGGUUUCCCCACACCUACGGGUGUGUCUAUGACCUGGAGAGCAUGUCGCUUGGGCCUGCUGAAUCCCUGUGAAGAACUGUUUUAGAUCAAAGAAAAGAGGGGAAACAAAGGACUGACCACUCUUAAGUUUAUAACAGAGUCAUGACAGCUGUGCUGGGCAGGGCCUGGGGCUGGGUGCGCGCCUGGGGCAGCCAUGGCCCACCAGAGAAAACCACCGCUCUGAUAGUUGAGACCCCAAAACCACAGGAAAAGGGCGGCUGGGGUCUCAGAGGAUGGACUUCUUGGAUGUGGAGGAAACAAAGUGACCACAGCGGAGCAGCAGAGGAGUUCUGGGAGGCCCAGGAGAAGCUGCAGCCUGUGGAAAUAGAAGAGCUCAGAGCAGGGAAACUGGAGGCUCAAGCAGCUUUGCAACAACCCAAGUGGUGGAGCAGAUAUCUCCCAACGUUGUACCUGUGGCCCAGAAAGCCUGAGCUGUCAGGACUGAGGCAAAGGAAAGGUGACGGUCGGAGGGAACAUGACAUUGAUGGGGACUUCUCAGAUUAUGGAACACCUCCUCCGUCUCCUACGCCCUUCUCCUCUCAGCUGACCUCUCCUUUCCGACUCUUCGCGCACGGCUGGAACAUGGAAAUCGUGCCCGAGCAUUACGACAUCUGCUUCAAUUUCCUCCGUCACCUGUUCGAUCUGUUCGUCGUCGCCUUCCUGUGGACCGUGUCCCCUCCGGCCAAGCUGGUCCUGGAGGUGCUGGGGGUCCAGGGAGCGCUGAGGCUGUGGUUCCAUGGCAUGGCCAUGUUUUUUGUGUCCACAGCUGGGAUGGCCGGAUUACUCUGGCUGAUCCAGGAGUAUCUCCCUCAGUUUGCUUUAAUCUACGGCAUCAUCCAGGCGUUGGUGAUCUCGGUCAGCGUUCGACAGAGCGUGUUCCUCGGUGUGGAGGAAGGUGAAGAAGGAAAUGACGAGGACGUGAAGGAGACGGAUGAAAUGAGAGACACUAAAGAUCAUGGAGACAAUCCUUCGUCUAAAUAAGAGCAUAUGGAGAGUUUAUUAAAGGAUCCACUCUUCACCUCCACAGCUGGUCUUUUCUGAUGACGACCUGCUGCCUCUGCAAUCACCACUACGACUGUUAGUGCACCACUGUUGGUGCAGUGUGAGUCCAGGAUUGUAUUACCCUUAAAGCUCAAGUUGUGCUACUUUCACUUUAUGUUCCACAUCUGCACCUUCCAGACAUGUUGGCUCAAACAUUCACAGUGCUUUAAUGAUCAGGCAGCACUGCGGUGUAAAUAACGUUUACGUUAAAGUCGUAAGAAGCCCAGUAUGUAACUGAUCUUGUGUGCUUUAUUUAUUGUCUUGUGAGAAUACUUUACUCAUUUCUACAAUGAGACGGUGACGGCCUUUAUUCAGUUUGUGGACAGGAAGUGAACUCAUCGAGCCCUGAAACCAAAACAUGAAGCCUGAAAUCUGAAUUUCUCCACCGGAGAAGGAAAAAACGAACCUGAUUCAAACACUACUCUAAACUUUAAAUAGAUUUUUUUUCUUUCUUUAGCAUCGUUGUAGUCUUUUCGUUUGCACUCCUCACACAGCUCAGAGUGUGACGCUGCCUUUCACAGAGAGGUUCUCCUGUGUGACAUUAGUGACCGUGCCUUUCUGUUCGUGACCAUUUGAAUCUGUUGAAGGAGGCAGAACCCUGAGAGAACCACACACGGGUGUACAAACUUUAACAAACACAGCCAUAAGAUGUGCUGCUUUACGCCUCACCUGUAGAACACAAAUGUUUGGACAGAUUUUUUGUUAAAAUAAGGUCUUAGAUAAAAAAUUAAAGUGGUAAUUUGACCAUUUUGAAGUGGGCUUCUGUGUAAAGCUGCUUUUUUUCUAGAAAUAGUUUAUCCAGAAAUAUUAUGUCACUGACAUGUAAAAAUAACAAACAGGAAACUAACAGUAGGGCUGAGUGUUCAGUCACUAAAUACUGAGUGUUUGUAAUCAGUGAGAAGAGCAGACACAUUUUGUGCUGCAAGUUUUUUGAAAAUUACGACUAAUUGAAAACUCUAUUCUAGCUUUUGCACCCGCCUCCGCCUCCUCCAGAUCUGUAAUUUAAUCUGUCAGAGUGCUCUUUUGAAAUGAAGAUGACUUGAUUUGCAGAUUAAUAAUUUAUCAUGGGCGUGAUUUUUUUUCCCACCUGCACAGACGCGUUAGAAACGCCCUCAACUCUGAUUGUUUUGAAAGAAAAUUUGUUGCAGUUUAUUUUUAAAACUCUAAACAAGACGACAAGCUUCUGCAGCAAGUUAAAUGAAACCCCUGCAAGCUGCGUGGUGUUUUGGAUUCCUCACUAAAGCUGUGUUGCUAAUUGCAGCUCAGAUAGUUUCCUACGUUGCAGCAACAAUCACUAGUUUUUCUUCCUGUGUGGAAACAUGAGGGCAGCUUGCACACAGUGUGGCUCCUCUUAAAGGCACAGUGUGUAGGAUUUGUUGUUUUCAGCGACAUCUAGUGGUUGAGUGGUUGAAUCAUCCUCCCUG